AUAAAGCCUAUCCACUCCCUUAACUUAACACCGCCUGCCUGCCUGAAAUAAAGUCUCCCUCUUUCAUCGUCUUUCAACUUAAUCUCAGCCCCCCCGGGGAAACUCCUUUGUCUUCACUUUCUCCUCCUUUCCCUUCUUCCUCAUCCUUUCUGUAUUGAUUUUGUGUUUCUGCAAUAAUACAAGCUAGUGGGUUCAAGAAAUCAGUUUCUCAGCAGAGAGGUUGAUGGGUUCGGGAGAAACAAAAAGCUCAACAGGCUAUGGCAGUCCACCGUGGAUUUUCAAAGGCAGUGCCUUGUAUCAACUCCAUCUUGUGAAAGCUGAAACCGCUAGAGCAUUCAUCCCAAAGAAGCUCCGCCUGGUUGAAGCUUUUGGGUACACAUUGGGUGGUUUUUUCCUCGCCAACUACGAUCACAGCCCUGCCGGCGUCUUUGAUGAGCUUGUGGUGAUCGCAGGGAUCGUGUGGAAUCCGCCGACUUCUUGCGCAUGGGCAGCCAGGGUUCUUGUAAACAGUGAAGAAGCUUGUCACCAUGGACGGAAGGAUGUAGGGCUUCCAAGUCAGGUAGCCAGAUUUUCAAAGAGAAUUACACCAGUUCCUAGACAAACAAAGGACAGAAUUGGUGGCUUUCUAAACAUGAUUGGUGUGAGUUCUACAAGCCGCCCCUCUAAAGACUGUAUGGACGUUCAGGUGACGGAAGUUUUGGGUCCCACUUCAUCGGAUAUCUGUAAUAUCAAACUUAUAACUGAUGUGCCUACUCCGAAAUUCAAAAAAUGGAUGGGUCCAUCGAUCAGAAUGUCACUUCCAAGCUUUAGUGGCCAAACAGAGUAUAACCCCAACCUUUUGAAGUAUGCAUGUCGCCUUGCCUGCAGAGUACGAGCGGUGCGACCAGCAAAAAUAUCAGGGCCAUCACCAUUAAAGAAGGAAAGAAAUGUUGAUUCAGAAAGCGGAGAGUAUACAGCUGAGGACGCGGCAGAUAACGGAAGAAACCUCAGCAUAUCGGUUAUGUUAUCGAAGCCUAUACUAGCUUUGGAGUUCAAUUGCUUGGAAAUGCAAGUUGAAGCUCCCACCAUGCUAUCCACCAACUCUACAAGCUCUUUACCAGCUGCUUGACCAUCACCCCCAUUGUGCUCUUUUUUUUCUUCUUGCUAUCACAUCAACGUAAUAAGAUUCUAGACUCCAGAAAGAUUCCAUUAAGGCAUAAACCAGGGUUUAUAUAUAUA